GGCAAGAGUAGCUAUCUCGAGCACGUGGAAAUAAUUGGGAGUAUUUGAGGAGUUCUCGGCUAGCUACUAGUUAUAUAACUAGACUAUAAAGAGAUAGUAGAGACAGGGAAAUUAAAGGGUUUAAGUAGACUUCUCAUACUGCCCUCGUAGAACCGGAAUUCGCGCUAUGGCCCGCCGUACACGCCUGCCAUACUAGGCUUCCCUCCUUCUAACUACCCCUCUAGUCAAAAAUGCCUCGGUAUUAAUGCGGCCCCUCUCGCGCAGAGAGAUCUGCCGUAGUUAUAAGGCCCUAACACCGCUAAUCCUGCGCUCUUAUACCGGAAUACGCCUAUCCAUAGCUAUUACUCCUGCUUCUCUAUGCACUACGAUUAGCCGAUCUCAGUAUUAUCUCUCGAUUAUUGGCGAGGCCGUGAAUAGCUGAGUAGGAAGGAGCGACGAUCGUCAUACGAGGAGGCGGUGCAUGACUUCGGAUAUUGCCCUCUCCGCCCGUCCGAAGGCUUUAGGCAGACUAGUAGACUGGCAUAAUCCAGGUCCUUCCCGUCGUCCGGCGUCUCAGCUGCUAAUCCUGUAGC